CUAUAGUUGGUACAGAUGGCACUGUCCCAGCUCGGUCCCUUCUCGGCCACAGAGCUUCUCCUGGCCUCCGCCAUCUUCUGCCUGGUAUUUUGGGUGGUCAGGGCCUGGCAGCCUCGGAUGCCCAAAGGCCUGAGGAGUCCACCAGGGCCCUGGGGCUGGCCCCUGCUCGGGCACGUGCUGACCCUGGGGAAGAACCCACACCUGGUGCUGUCGCGGCUGAGCCAGCGUUAUGGGGACGUGAUGCAGAUCCGCAUUGGCAGCACACCUGUGCUGGUGCUCAGCGGCCUGGACACCAUCAGGCAGGCCCUGGUGCGGCAGGGCGAUGAUUUCAAGGGCCGGCCUGACCUCUACAGCUCCACUCUGGUCUUUGAUGGCCAGAGCAUGACCUUCAACCCAGACUCUGGACCAGUGUGGGCUGCCCGCCGGCGCCUGGCCCAGAACGCCCUCAACGCUUUCUCCACUGCCUCAGACCCAGCUUCCCCGUCCUCCUGCUACCUGGAGGAGCACGUGAGCAAGGAGGCCGAGGCCCUCCUCACUAGGUUGCAGGAGCUGAUGGCAGGGGCCGGGCGUUUCGACCCCUACAUCCAGGUGGUGGAGUCCGUGGCCAACGUCAUUGGUGCCAUGUGCUUCGGGCGGCGCUUCCCCCAGAGCAGUGAGGAAAUGCUCAGCCUCGUGAAGAACAGCCACGAGUUCGUGGAGACUGCCUCAUCCGGGAACCCCGUGGACUUCUUCCCCAUCCUCCGAUACCUACCGAACCCCACCCUGCAGAGGUUCAAGACCUUCAACCAGAGGUUCCUGCGGUUCCUGCAGAAAACAGUCCAGGAGCACUAUCAGGACUUUGACAAGAACAGCAUCCAGGACAUCACAGGCGCCCUGUUCAAGCACAGAGAGAACAGCUCCAGAGCCGGCGGUGGCAUCAUCCCCCAGGAGAGGAUUGUCAACCUUAUCAACGACAUCUUUGGGGCCGGGUUUGACACAGUCACAACGGCCAUCUCCUGGAGCCUUAUGUACCUUGUGACAAAUCCUAAGAUACAGAGGAAGAUCCAGGAGGAGCUGGACACAGUGGUUGGCAGGGCACGGCGGCCCCGACUCUCUGACAGACCCCAGCUGCCCUACAUGGAGGCCUUCAUCCUGGAGACCUUCCGACACUCCUCCUUUCUCCCCUUCACCAUCCCCCACAGCACAGUUAGGGACACGACACUGAAUGGCUUCUACAUCCCCAAGGAACGCUGUGUCUUCAUAAACCAGUGGCAAGUCAACCAUGACGAGCGGCUGUGGGGGGACCCGUUUGAGUUCCGGCCAGAGCGACUCCUCACUGCCAACGGCACUGCCAUCAACAAGACCUUGAGUGAGAAGGUGAUGCUCUUUGGCAUGGGCAAGCGCCGGUGCAUAGGGGAGGUCUUGGCCAAGUGGGAGGUCUUCCUCUUCCUGGCCAUCCUGCUGCAACAGCUGGAGUUCAGCGUGCCACCAGGCGUGAAAGUGGACCUAACCCCCAUCUACGGGCUGACCAUGAAGCACGCCCGCUGCGAACACGUCCAGGCACGGCUACGUUUUCCUAUCAAGUGA